AGCUCUCGCGAGAAGACGGUCGACGUCACAUGUGAGUCACAGGUCACGUCCACAGUGGCUAUACCGUCUAUUUGACCAUAGAUUAACAAAAUGGAUACAUAUUAUGCAGGACAAACCUCACAAUAGAAAGCCAGUUCCUACACUCCGGUACCGAGCCCCGCGCCAGCGAGGAUGUUCCCCAGCCUGGCCCACCGACCGUGGCACGUCUUCUGCAGGGUGUCCCUGCAGCACCGGGCGCCUCUGUCUCAGCGGUCGCCGAGGUUCCCCCCGCUCUGCUACGGUUGGCAGAGCGGAGGCAUGCACAGCUUGUGGUUCAGCCUCCCGGACUGCCGCCUUGCCUCUCUCGGGCUGGGAAAAGUGCAGUACUACUCGACCUCUGGCAACAGUACCGAUGAUCCCCCCAAAUCUGCAUCCGGUGAUGCUCCAUCAGCAGAGAACAUCCUGUCUGCUGCUGUGAAAGCCACCCCAGCUUCAUUGGAUCCGACAUCUCAGGGGCUGACAAAAGCAGAGACGAUUCAAGUGAAAGUUAGGGCAGUCCUGAAAAAAAGGGAUUAUGGAGCCAAGUACACCAAGAACAACUUCAUCACAGCAGUCAGAGCCAUGAAUGAGUUCUGCCUGAAACCGAGUGAUCUGGAACAGCUUCGAAAGAUCAGGAGACGCAGCCCCCACGACGACACAGAGGCGUUCACCGUCUUUCUGCGGUCGGACGUGGAAGCCAAAGCACUGGAGGUGUGGGGAAGCCAAGAGGCUCUAGCCCGAGAGCGAAAUCUCAGGAAGGAAGUGGAGAGAGAAUACCAAGAGAAUAUUUUUCGUAAUCAACAGCUGUUGAAGGAAUACAAAGACUUUUGGGGAAACACUAAGCCUCGAUCAGACAGGAGGGCGACUUUCCUACAAGGGCCGGGGAAAGUGGUCAUGGUCGCUAUAUGCAUCAAUGGGCUGAAUUUUAUCUUCAAGCUCCUGGCCUGGGUGUAUACGGGCUCAUCCAGCAUGUUCUCAGAGGCCAUCCACUCUCUGGCCGACACCUGCAACCAGGCCCUCCUCGCUCUGGGGAUCAGCCAGUCUGUCCGCAACCCGGAUGCCGGCCACCCGUACGGCUUCACCAACAUGCGCUACAUUGCCUCCCUCAUCAGCGGAGUGGGUAUUUUCAUGAUGGGAGCCGGCCUCUCCUGGUACCACGGCAUCAUGGGAUUGCUGCACCCGGGGCCCGUCGAGUCUCUGCUCUGGGCUUAUUGUAUCUUGGCGGGCUCGCUGGUGUCUGAAGGAGCCACGUUAUUAGUAGCUAUCAAUGAGAUAAAGAGGAGCGCUCAGCUACAUGGAGUGUCUUUUUAUGAAUACGUAAUGCAGAGUCGAGACCCAAGCACCAAUGUGGUGCUGCUGGAGGAUGCUGCUGCUGUGUUGGGAGUCAUCAUGGCUUCUGCCUGCAUGGGCCUCACCUCACUUACCGGUAACCCUUGCUAUGACAGCCUGGGCUCUCUAGGCGUGGGCACGUUGCUGGGCACCGUCUCGGCCUUCCUCAUCUACACCAACACGGAGGCUCUGCUGGGUCGCUCCAUCCCGCCCGAGCGUGUGCAGAAGCUCACCGAGUUCCUGGAGAACGACCCGGCAGUGAGGGCCAUCCAUGAUGUGAAGGCCACUGAUCUGGGGAUGAGUAAAGUGCGCUUCAAGGCUGAAGUUGACUUUGAUGGCCGAGUGGUGACACGGUCUUAUCUGGAAAAACAAGAUAUUGACCAACUCCUCAAUGAGAUUCAGCAGGUGAAGAACCCUGAGGAGCUGGAGAGCUUCAUGCUCAAACACGGAGAGAACGUCAUUGACACUCUCGGGGCCGAGGUGGACCGCUUGGAGAAAGAACUCAAGCAACGUAACCCGGAGGUUCGCCACGUGGACUUGGAGAUCCUAUAAUGGCGGCCGGAUCUCCGCUGAGGGAGCACUCUGCUAUAUAAAGACGAGGAAAGGCCUAAGGAGGGUCAUGCCUGCCUCCGCUAUCUGCCCCCUAUGCUGACCAUGCAAAAACAAACUUCCGUCUUUGCACAUCUCAAGUCUUACUGUAGAGUAGUCCAUACCUGUAAUGGAGGACAGAGUUUGCAUAAUAAUCAAUGAUCCCCUCCUCCCUCCCCCCCCGAGAUCCACUUUCCCAGCGUGUUUCUCACUAAAGACCAACAAGUGUUGUUAGGCGCUUGAAACUGUAAGAGGAUUUGAAAUCUCUGGUCCCAUACGUCUAUGACACAGUCGUCUUGUGGUGGUUUUGAACUCACAUUCCUGCAUUAAUGUGUUUGGGAUUUGGUUGGGGAAAAAAGAGAAAACAGGACCAGGAUAUCAUUUGCUUGACGUGAACUUUUCUUGAAUGUGACGCUUGAACCACAGUGACAGAGUUUCUUCCGUUGGUACGAAGGAAACUUGUGAGCUACCUAUUCAAAAAAGAUUUAACUGCUAAUCGAACUAGAUGGUUUUUUUUUUUUUCUU